UAGCAGCCAGGGAAGCGUUGAGAAAUAAUUACCUGCCUUGAUUGUUCUAUGGCUAGAUAAAAAAGUACACAUACACUCCAUAUAAUAAUCGGAUGCAUGUAAAAGAGUCGGGGAGGCUUCGUCAUGUCGACCACGGGUCCCAUAAGUAAUUAUUAUGUGGACUCCUUGAUUAACCAUGAAAACGAGGAUGUCCUUGCUGCAACUCGGUUCUCGGCGCCCGGUUCGCACCCAGCCGGCCCUCGUCCGACGUCCCUAGUACCGGAGUGUGCUGACUAUCCUUCCUGCAGCUUCGCACCCAAGGCACCCGUCUUCUCCACCUCCUGGGCCCCUGUACACUCUCAAUCAUCAGUGGUUUACCAUCCAUACAGUCACCAACCUCACUUAGGCACAGACUCGAGGUAUAUGCGGUCAUGGCUGGAGCCGAUAUCAGGCGCCGUGCCUUUCCAUGGCUAUCCGGGGAACAGCAGGCAUUAUGGGCUGAAGCCCGACGCCUUUCAGGAGCACAGAGCCGGCGAGUGCCUCGGCUCCAGCGGACGGACCUACACGGAUUAUCUGUACUGCUCAGCCACUGACAUGCGGGACAAGACGCAGCAGAAUAUCCCCUCUCCAGAGUCGGAGCUCCUGGCUUCAGGGAAACAUAAAGACGACAAGCCGGAGCUAGAUCCGAAUAACCCGGUGGCAAAUUGGAUACAUGCCCGCUCCACGAGGAAGAAGCGGUGUCCUUACACAAAAUACCAGACUCUCGAACUGGAAAAGGAGUUUUUGUUCAAUAUGUACCUUACAAGAGACCGCCGAUACGAGGUCGCUCGGGUGCUGAAUCUGACCGAGAGGCAGGUCAAAAUCUGGUUUCAGAAUCGGCGAAUGAAGAUGAAGAAAAUGAACAAAGAAAAGACCGACAGCAAAGAACAAUAAUGUGGACUGCAGUUGAGAAAAUACAAACCAUAAUAACCACUAGUCACAUGGACAGCACAGAUGUACCAAAACUCACGAAGAGCCCCCUUCUACUCGUCAUAUUUAUCACUUUUUUGUUGGAUUUCUUUUUUUUGUAUUCACAUUUAACUUCGAGACUGAUGCUGAUUAUAAUUUUCUAGUGCACAUUCAUGUGUCCAGUGUUCAAAAAAAACUUCUAAGGAGAUAAUUACAUUCUGCUUUCACUUCUAAAUACUUUUCUGUUUUUGGUUUUUUUUUGUAAGACAAAAUUAAAGAAACGCAGUUUGGAUACGUGAAACUGUCCGAGGAAAGAGAAUACUUGAAUUCUUUUGAAUUUCACAAAACCCAUAAUUUAUGAUGUGAAUGUUUUCUUUCAUGUUUUAUUUCCUUUGUACGUUGUUGUGCAGGUGUAGUAUUUUGUACAGAAACAUCUGCGUCUGUCUUGUAUUUUUGUGAUCGUUGUUGCUGUAUUUGUGCGCCCGUUUUUGUUUUUUUUUGACUGUAGCCUUCGAGUUUAAUUAGAAAGUGUAGAUAUAGACCUCUGCAAAUAUAACCAUAAUCACAAGUGCU